UCAGUCGCCACCAUUCCCACGUGCAACUCACAAGCAGAAAACCUUCCGCCUCUCCUCUUCCAUGGCGUCCGCCUUCUUGAACUCCCAUUCUCUCAUCCUCAGAUCUGAUUCUCUCAAAACCCCUCAACAACCCAAGCUCCAUUUCUCCUCCUUCACCAUCAAAGCCUCAUCAUCUUCGUCAUCAGCUUCAUCCGCUUCCAAUUCCGGCGCCAAUGUAUCUCUCACAGGCAACAACAUCGAACCUGUACCCUCAAAGCAUCGCCGACCCGCUGAUGAGAACAUUCGCGACGAGGCUCGCCGCCACAACACCACUCAUUCUCAUCGGUUUUCCGCCAAAUAUGUCCCGUUUAAUGCAGAUCCAUCGUCCGACGAAUCGUAUUCGCUCGAUGAGAUCAUCUAUCGGUCCCAAUCUGGGGGCCUCCUCGAUGUACAGCAUGAUAUGAACGCAUUGAAGAAUUACGAUGGUAAAUACUGGCGUAAUCUAUUCGAUUCUCGUGUCGGGAAGACGACAUGGCCGUAUGGCUCGGGGGUCUGGUCGAAGAAAGAGUGGGUGUUGCCGGAGAUUGAUGGCGACGACAUUGUUAGUGCGUUUGAAGGUAACUCUAAUCUUUUUUGGGCUGAGCGUUUUGGCAAACAGUUUCUGGGCAUGAGUGAUUUGUGGGUUAAGCACUGUGGUAAUAGUCAUACGGGAAGUUUCAAGGAUCUGGGAAUGACAGUUUUGGUCAGUCAGGUCAAUAGAUUGCGUAAAAUGCACAAGCCUGUCGUCGGAGUUGGUUGCGCUUCCACAGGGGACACGUCCGCCGCCUUAUCGGCUUAUUGCGCCGCCGCGGGGAUUCCGUCUAUUGUUUUUUUACCUGCUAACCGGAUAUCGCUUGCACAGUUGGUUCAGCCGAUUGCAAAUGGAGCUUUUGUUCUUAGUAUCGACACUGAUUUUGAUGGUUGUAUGCAGUUGAUCAGGGAGGUUACGGCCGAAUUACCCAUUUAUUUGGCAAAUUCUCUGAACAGCUUGAGAUUGGAAGGGCAAAAAACUGCCGCCAUUGAAAUUUUGCAACAGUUUGAUUGGCAGGUUCCUGAUUGGGUCAUAGUUCCGGGAGGUAAUCUUGGGAACAUAUAUGCAUUUUACAAAGGGUUUCACAUGUGUAAAGAAUUAGGACUUGUGGAUAGGAUUCCAAGGCUUGUCUGUGCUCAAGCUGCAAAUGCCAAUCCACUCUACUUGAAUUACAAAUCAGGUUGGGGCGAGUUCAAGGCUGUUAAAGCUAACACUACUUUUGCCUCGGCCAUACAAAUUGGUGAUCCUGUCUCCAUUGAUAGAGCUGUUUAUGCAUUGAAGAAUUCAAAUGGGAUUGUCGAGGAAGCAACUGAGGAGGAGCUGAUGGAUGCCAUGGCUCAAGCGGACUCUACUGGCAUGUUUAUUUGUCCUCAUACAGGGGUGGCUUUGACAGCAUUGAUCAAGCUUGUGAAGAGUGGAGUCAUAGCUCCUACUGAUCGAACCGUGGUCGUGAGCACGGCUCAUGGCUUGAAGUUCACACAGGCCAAAAUUGACUAUCACUCAAAUGAGAUCAAGGAUAUGACUUGCCGUUUUGCAAACCCACCAGUGCAAGUUAAUGCAGAUUUUGGAUCUGUCAUGGAUGUUUUGAAGAAAUAUCUGUUGAGUAAAAACCCGAAGUGUUAGGCUCUGAAGUGUUAGGCCUAGACCGUUUUUGAUUUAUUAUUCCAUCGUCUUAUUUUCUCCUAGCUAUGCCUAACAACUUGGUUAUACCAUUAUUGUUAUCGUAUCUUUCAUUGUUGCUUAUCUCUUUUAUCAAUUCUCAGGUUACGGAUUGACCCUUA